AUGAACAACAAAUUGGCCGGCCCCAUUCCUGCCUUCCUCUCCUCCCUCACUGCUCUAACACACCUGUACCCGUAUCGUCUCUCUUACUCCUCCCCUGAGUUUGCCUCUGCGUUUGCCUCUGAGUUUGCCUCUGCGUUUGCCUCUGCGUUUGCCUCUGCGUUUGCCUCUGCUCGACUGGUGCGUGCCGCCCGCACCACCCUUGCAUGCCACCCGCCCAGAUCACUAUCGCGUGCAACAGAAUGUUUCUCUUCGCCCUGCCUUCUUCCCGCUCCCUCCCCCACCCCCCCCUCCCACGUUCUCCCACCCCCCAGAUCUCUUGGUUCCAUUCCAUUCCAACCAGCUCUCCUCCCUUCACACUUCCCGCCCCACUCUCCCACCUCCCUCUCCCCGCUCUCCCCCCAGAUCCCUCGAUCCCUCGGUUCCAACCAGCUCUCCUCCACUAUUCCUGCUAAAGUCUCCAAGCUUAAACCUCCCUCCCCCUGUUCUCCCCACCUCCCCUCCCCCACCUCCUCCCUCUCCCCGUUCUUCCCCACCUCCCCUCCCCCACUUCCCUCCCCCCGUUCGUCCCCACCUCCCCUCACCCACCUCCCUCCCCCCAUUCGUCCCCACCUCCCCUCACCCACCUCCCUCCCCCCAUUCGUCCCCACCUCCCCUCACCCACCUCCCUCCCCCCGUUCGUCCCCACCUCCCCUCACCUACUUCCCUCCCCCCGUUCGUCCCCACCUCCCCUCACCCACCUCCCUCCCCCCGUUCGUCCCCACCUCCCCUCACCCACCUCCCUCCCCCCGUUCGUCCCCACCUCCCCUCACCCACCUCCCUCCCCCCGUUCGUCCCCACCUCCCCUCACCCACCUCCCUCCCCCCGUUCGUCCCCACCUCCCCUCACCCACCUCCCUCCCCCCAUUCGUCCCCACCUCCCCUCACCCACCUCCCUCCCCCCAUUCGUCCCCACUUCCCCUCACCCACCUCCCUCCCCCCAUUCGUCCCCACCUCCCCUCACCCACCUCCCUCCCCCCGUUCGUCCCCACCUCCCCUCACCUACUUCCCUCCCCCCGUUCGUCCCCACCUCCCCUCACCCACCUCCCUCCCCCCGUUCGUCCCCACCUCCCCUCACCCACCUCCCUCCCCCCGUUCGUCCCCACCUCCCCUCACCCACCUCCCUCCCCCCAUUCGUCCCCACCUCCCCUCACCCACCUCCCUCCCCCCGUUCGUCCCCACCUCCCCUCACCCACCUCCCUCCCCCCAUUCGUCCCCACCUCCCCUCACCCACCUCCCUCCCCCCGUUCGUCCCCACCUCCCCUCACCUACUUCCCUCCCCCCGUUCGUCCCCACCUCCCCUCACCCACCUCCCUCCCCCCGUUCGUCCCCACCUCCCCUCACCCACCUCCCUCCCCCCAUUCGUCCCCACUUCCCCUCACCCACCUCCCUCCCCCCAUUCGUCCCCACCUCCCCUCACCCACCUCCCUCCCCCCCGCCCCCCAUUCUCCCCCAUUCUCAGAUCCCUCGAUCGCUCGGUUCCAACCAGCUGACCUCCUCCAUCCCUGCAAGAAUCUCCAGGCUUCAAAAGCUCGUUACACUUGACCUGUCGCGCAACCAGAUCUCCGGUUCCCUUGACCUGUCGCGCAACCAGAUCUCCGGCUCCCUCUCCCCUCUCACAGCCAUGCCACUGCUGAGCCAAGUGUAG